UCCAAACCAAGUUUGUUAAAGUACCCACGUGACACUGUCAGAGCUUUGUGUGUUGAAUGCUAUUUGAAGACAGAAGCGCAGAGGAUCUAGGGGUGGGGGAAAGCCAACAGUGAAGAGAUCAUGAAGCUCCCAAAUUUAGGCUUCUGCUGCUUCUUCUUCUUCUUCUUCAUCUUGUUUGCGUUCCAAACAGCUUCUCCCACAUUCCCGGAAGCCUCCACCAUACCACUGCCUAACUGCUUUGCCUUUUUCUUGUUCGGAGAUUCCUAUGUCGACGCCGGAAAUAACAACUACAUCAACACCACUGCUGACUUUCAGGCCAACUUUCCGCCCUACGGCGAAACCUUCUUCCACCUCCCCACCGGCAGGUUUACCGAUGGCCGUACUAUUCCAGAUUUUUUAGCCGAGUAUGCAGGCUUGCCUUUGAUUCCGCCAUAUUUAGAUCCUCACAACGAUUUCUAUGACAACGGCGUGAAUUUUGCAUCGAGUGGAAGUGGUGCUUUAGCUGAGAGUCACGAGGGAUCGGCCAUAGGACUUCAAACUCAGAUGAAGUUUUUCAAAAACGUGAUGAAAUCACUACGAAAGAAGCUGGGGAAUGCCUCAGCUCAAACCCUCAUCUCAAACUCGGUUUUUCUCUUCAACUUUGGAGGAAAUGAUUAUCUAAAUCCUUUCGACAUAAGUUACGACAUAUUUAACACCUCAAGCGCUCAAGAACAGUUCGUGAAUAUGGUGGUAGGAAAUAUAACGAUAGCGCUUAAGGAAGUAUACAAGUACGGAGGAAGGAAAUUUGGGUUUAUGACAGUGCCUCCGUUAGGUCAUAUGCCAAGUUCGAGAAUAAAAAGGAGUGUCCAAUUUUUCGAAGAGGCUUCUUCAAUAACAAGGCUACACAACCAGGUUCUUCCCGAUGCCUUACAAAAACUUGGCAUCCAACUCGAAGGAUUUAAAUACGCUUUUGCAGAUACCCACACUCUACUUCUUCAAAGAAUUUUAAAUCCUAUCAAAUACGGUUUCAAGGUAGCGGAGACAGCAUGUUGUGGGAGCGGGGCGUUCAGAGGGUUUUAUAAUUGUGGAAGAAACGUUGAAGGUUUACCAUUUACGCAUUGUGACAAUCUGGAAGAUUAUAUAUUCUUUGAUUCCUUUCAUCCUACUGAAAAACUGUUCAAGCAGCUCGCGGAACUUAUAUGGAGCGGAGAUGCUCAAAUUGUUAAGCCUUACAACUUCAAACAACUCUUUGAGUAUGAUUCAAUGUUGGCUUCUUAUUGAGAUUCUUAUGAUGACUUGUCUUUCUGUCUAGUCCCAAUGCUUGAGAUUGUCUAGUCGAAUAAAGACGUUUCUUUUAGGA